ACCGGGAUGACUUCUUGAUAGCCUACUCUCCUACUUCAGAGCGCUCAUGGUUAAUGAUAUGCUAAAGCCCCACGGCACGUUGGCUUGAUUGGUUAUAAUUGGCAGGUUUGAGACUGUUUUUUCUUUCACUGCAGUUUUAAAUAGAAAAUUCUCAGCAAUGGUGUUGAUUUAUGAAUUUGCACAUGGUUUGUCUUAAAGCAUAUUAAAAACACCACAUAGACAUAUAAACAACAUUAAAAACUUGAUUUUCACCACAGGGUGACUUUAACAUCUUGACUGAUUUAGGUUAAUUGGGUUUGAGAAGUGAUGAGUUUUGGUCUUAAAUAUCAUUAAUCCCUAAGGAAAUUAAAACAAAUAGCCUAUAACUUCCUUUAAAAGAAUCUCAAAGGCUAGAUAGGCCUACAGCAUUUGUUCCAUAUUGGAGCCUCAUACUGUAGGCUACAAAUGGAUUAUGUGCUGUAUAAUUAUGCAUAAAUUAUCAUAACAAUAGUAAUAAAUGGCCUAAUAUACAUAAAAUGUAUUUAAAAAAAAUACUUGACACACGCCUCUUAAAUAGGUUAUUUGAUGCACUUUAGAUUGCAACAUUGUGAUACAGCGCCACCUGUUGGACACAUACUGUCUUUAAUUUUUGUGUACCUGCCAGGUGUAAAAACUAUCUAUCUAUCUAUCUAUCUAUCUAUCUAUCUAUCUAUCUAUCUAUCUAUCUAUCUAUCUAUCUAUCUAUCAAGUGCAGUCAAUUAGAAUACGUCAGCAAUCAGAGGAGUUCAGCUCGCGCUCGGACGUCCGAUACGUCCAACUUAUGUUUUUUUUUUUUUUUUUUUUUUACCCAGAUGAAUAAAUCACGGGGGCAUAUUCAAAAUAUAGCUUAGUGAAAGCUUCCUGAGCAAACAGCGCAGGAAGUGUUUUGCAAGAUUGACAUGGCUCCGCGGUGACAACUGGCCUGUUUUUACACCUUCCUUCUAAAUAAGGAAGCGGCCCGUCGGGCAUAUGACCGCCGGUCCAAUUUGGGAGCUGCCAACGAAGCCCAUCACGCCCCAUGUUCUCCCGCGAGCUUUCGCGCUCACUGUCCCCGAGGCCGCUCGCGUGGAUUGACAGCGAUUGGGUUUUGGCGUUCGAAGACUGACCCCCGGCGGCGGUGAGGUCAGCGUGUUGUCAUCCUGAAGGUGAGUGAUGUCAUCCCGAAGAUCUCCCAGGCAAGGUGAGCUUGCAUUUUGGUGAGUGUGUGGUGCUCCCCAUCCAGAGAGGUGAAACAUGGUAAUCAUCAUCGCCACCACCGCCACCAGCUCAAGCUCUGCCGCCCUGCUCUUCUCAUCUACCGAGGGGCUUAUUGCGUUACACGCCCGCAGCCCCGACCUGCCUUCCAAAAAUAAGCCCCUGCCACCAUGCCGAAAGAAGAAAAACAAGAGUGGUAUUUUUAGGGGCAUUAAUUUUGACCACGUGCCCCGAGGGUAAACCGGAUGGCCACUGCGCAAAGGUUCCUCAUCAGUAUGUGCGAGAGCAGCGGACGCUGGACGUGGACUGCGGUUGUUCUGCUGGGCUUUCUGCUUGGGAUCGUGUCCUCCUACCCCACCUCGAACAGGAGUAAUGCAACUUCACUGGAGAAAAGGUGGGAGACGCUCUUCUCCCGCUCCGUUUUGGGGAUCUCGGUGGAGAAAUCGGACCUGAACUGGGAGAGUGACUAUUUGCUGGGCAUUAAGAGAGUGCGGAGGCUGUACUGCAACGUGGGCAUCGGGUUUCACCUGCAGGUCCUGCCAGGCGGAAAGAUAAACGGUGUCCAUAAUGAGAACCAGUACAGUCUAAUUGAAAUCUCAGCGGUAGAGAGAGGAGUGGUUAGUCUAUACGGCGUGAAAAGCGAGAUGUUUGUCGCGAUGAGCAGCCGCGGAAGGUUAUAUGGAACGAGGGCCUUCCAUGACGAGUGCAAGUUCAAGGAGACACUGCUGCCCAACAAUUACAACGCAUACGAGUCUUCCAUUUACAAGGGAUUUUAUAUUGCCCUCAGCAAACAUGGCCGCUUGAAGCGAGGCUACAAGGCUUCCCCAGCAAUGACUGUCACACAUUUCCUCCCACGUUUAUGAGCAAAACUGGCAAUAACACAAUAAUUUGCACAUGUUGGAUGUUCUCGUAGGUAACCCAAACAUGCUAAGAGGUGAACUGCAAAGAACUAAAAUAACACUUACGGUAUUUAUUCUCGUUGAAAUAAUAAUAAUAAGCCUAAUAUAUGUAUAUUUCGGUAGCUUACUUUGUGUCUGAACUUUGUGUACAUGCCAUUCUUUGCUGCUUAUGAUUUCUAUUAUGAAUAUACGAGAGUCGAGGAGCUUUUUUUGCCCUCUCACUUUUUAUGGGUGCUUGCCAUACCUGGUGUAAACCAUACCUGGCGUUGGACUAACAUCCUCAGCUUUUAGAAGUGAAAUGGAGACUUUUUAUUACCUCAAAGAGCCACGUUCGCAUUGGAAAAAUUAUGGAGGGAAAAAGAAAUAUCAGUUUACUCUGAUCUUCAUCUGUUCCGCCAUUUUACGAGGGAGAUGAAAGCACUUAUUUUUCUGUAGUUACUCUUUUUUCAUGAUUAGGUGGUGCCUUAGCUUCUGCUAUUCUGCCUCCUUUUGUGCAUGCAAGAAAGAGGUUUUUGUUCCAUAUUUAGAUCAAUAACUAAAUAACUGACGUUAAAAUCUGAUUGCAUGCAUCCUUAUUGGGGGUUAAACUCAUUUUACACCUCAUGUAAGGUCAGAAUUUGACUGAAAGUCUUUGAACGGAUAGACCUGUAAGGUUUGGGUGCUUCCACUUGGAUGAAUAGUGAAAAUUGAUCAAGCUAGUGAAAUGCAUAGAAUUGCAUUAAAGGUGCAGUAAGCAAUUCCUGAGAAACGCUGUUGAUAUUUGAAAUCAUUCAAGAACUCACAAACUUCCCUAAGCACUUCCCCUAAUGCCGCCAUUUUGAAGCGCGUUCCACUUUGUGAAGUGGACGAGGGAAGUUUAUAUGGACAAAAGGGAGCGAGUCUACUUCAUAUGUACACUUCAGGCAGCUCCAUAUCCCACAAUGCAACAUGAGUGUGACAUCACCGCAUAUCGUGUUUAAUAAUUUACCCCACCACAAACAACUCUAUGAUAUAUAUAUAUAUACUGUAUAUAUACAGUACAGUCCAAAAGUUUGGAACCACUAAGAUUUGUAAUGUUUUUAAAAGAAGUUUCGUUUG